AUGGAGCUGGGGGACAGCGCAAAUGGGCGUACUGCCAUCAAGUCUGAGUUCAAGGCCCUCCUAGAGGCCACCUGCAUGCUUGACGGCACAGAGCUGGAUAGCUUCACAGAUCAGGAACAGCUGGCGAUGGUCCGAACGCAACUGGCCACCAUGGAGGACUCGCCUGUGGUCGGGGAUUCGAGCCCAUACAGGGAAAAGCGUGUAAAAAUAAUAAUAAUAAUAAUAAUAAUAAUAAUAAUAAUAAUAAUAAUAAUAAUAAUAAUAAUAAUAAUAAUAAUAAUAAUAAUAAUAAUAAUAAUAAUAAUAAUAAUAAUAAUAAUAAUAAUAAUAAUAAUAAUAAUAAUAAUAAUAAUCUGUGAGAAAUGUAGUGUCAGCACUGCGCAUGCCGGAUGA